AUGGAGUCGUAUAUUCGAGAAAACAAAAAACUUACCUUUAAAAAUAGCAAAGGUAAAAGAUUGUAUCGACAUUUAGAUAUAUCAUUAAAUAAUAAAUCGCUACACGAUAAUCAUAUAUUAGAAUUAGUAAAAAUUUUAAAAAAAAAUAUAAAAGCAUUAUAUCCAAAUUAUUAUUGUUUAAAUUUAGAUUUGAGUGAAAAUCAUAUAACAUGUGCAGGUUUAAAAAUAUUAAUAAAAUAUAUAUUAACUUAUAUUGAACAUAUUGGUAUAAAUAUAUUAAAAUUAUAUAAAAAUAAUAUAAAAGAUGAAGGAGCAUCUUUAAUAAAACAAAUCGUAUAUUCUCAAAAAAUUCCUAUGGAAGAGUUACAUUUAUCUCAUAACUUUAUUCAAGAUAACGCUUGUAAAGAAUUGUUAUUAAGUUUUGUUCAAGCGAAAAAAGAUAUUAAUUAUGUAUAUCCAAGAUAUGAUAAAUUCCAAACUUCUUAUAAACAUGCUCAACAGAUUCCUGUAUGGAUACGAUUAGAAUAUAAUUGUAUACGGAAUCCUAAGGAAAUAUUAAAAGAUGUUGAAGAUUUUGCAAAAAAAAAACGAGGAUAUAAAAGUAAUUUAAUUAUUUGCUCCGCUUUAAAAAGUGAUAAAAGAUGUUGCCCAUACAAAUGUUUAAAUUCAACAACAUGGAAUCCUCCAAUAAUGCACGUAUAUAUGUUUAUACAUCAAAAAGAAAAUAUAAUAAAUGGAAAAAUAGUAAAAGAUGACAAAAAAGAAUAUCCACUAUCUGAAUCUGUUGAUAAUGAUAAAAUAGAUGAUUUACAUUGUGAAGGAAAACGAUUGGACACAGACACAUUUAUGAAUAUGAACAUAAAUCAUAAUGAUAAUAAUAUAAAUCACAAUACUAAAGAUGGUAUUAAUUGUUUAGUGAAUUCUAAUAAGAUUAGCAAACGAGGAAGAAAUCAUAAUAUACAAGAAGACGAUGAGGAAGAUGUGGAGUAUGAGGAAUAUGAAGAUGGUGAGGAUGAUGACGAUGAUGAUGAUGAUGAAGAUGAUGAUGAUGAUGACGAUGAUGAUGAUGAUGAUGAUGACGAAGAGGAGGAUACCGAAGAAGGUGUUAAUAAUAAAAGUUAUAAAAAAUUAAAUAGUCAUAAUAAAUUUUUAAAAAAUAAAAAUGUCAAAGAUGAUAAUAAAAAAGUGUUACGUAAUAAUAAUGAGGUUUUUUAUGGAAAAACCGAAAAUAAUAAUAAAGAUGUGGAAAAUGAUAAAAGUGAUGAAACUGUGAAUAAUAAAAUAAAAAAUAAAAAGCGGAAAAAAAAGAAAAAAAAAGGAAAAAGCAAUACAGAAAUUAGUGAUGAUAACAAAAGUGAUAUAAAUGAUAUAAGUGAUGUAAUUUCAAAGCCAGUUGAAAAAAACAGGAUAGAUAACAACAAAGUUGGUGUUAAUAAUGUUAGCAGUCAUAAUAAUAACAACAAAAAUGGUGCUACAAAUAAGCCAAACGAUAAUAAUUCGGCCCCGAAUUUAACAAAAACAUUGGGUAAUAUUGAAUCGGGUUUAUAUAAUAACGGAAAAAAUCGAGGAGAUUUAACGCAAAAUGUCAGUAAUUUACCACUAUAUAUUAUUCUUGAUUGUAGCGCCGUGUUAGAAAUGAAAGAACUAUGGAAAGAUAAAUCGUUUUUGCCGUUUAGCUUUCCAGGGUUACUAUAUUUGUAUAAUAAUAAAUUAUUGAAAGGGUGCAAUAAUAAUAAUAAUAAUAACAACAAUAAGAAGAAGGGUAAUAGUACUAAAGAGUUUGAAAAUGAAAGUUCGGGAUUUAAUGGCAGCAUAAAUACUAACAUUAAUAAUGGUAAGGCAAAUGAUAAUUUUAUUUGCCUAAUGUGUAGUUAUGUUGCUAAUGAGCUAAAGUUAAUAUGUGAAAAAAGUGAAAUAAUUAGACAAAAAAUGAUAAAUUUAAAAUUAAAUAUAUGGGAUAAGUUAUCAGAAAUAGGUGUGUUAGAAUUUUUAAGCGUUCCAAAAGAUUUUAAAGAUAAAAAAAAUUUAUUUUUAAAUUCGUCAUUUUUAACAGAUGAUCAAAUUCGAUUAGCAAAUGAACAUUAUGAUAUAUCUCACGAAACACUUCAAAUGAUUCAAUUUUCCAUAUUAUGGUCUACAUAUAUUUAUAAAAUAAGUAAUAAAGAAAUAAUUAUAAAAAAUAGUAAAAAAGAGAUAAAUAAAGCGGAUGUUAAAAAAAGUAAAAAAACGAUUUUUACAGAAGUGUUAUAUUUAACAUCUUCUUCGAAUAUCUAUUCAUUUUUUGAAUAUUUAUAUGGUCAAAACAUAAAUCUUAUAUUACCCCUUUGUAUAACUGUUAAUCAAAUAAAUAAAUAUAUUCAAGAUGAUCAUAGUUAUAUAGUUGAUUUGUUAAUAAAUGAAAAAUCUGCUGAUAAGAAUCUUAAAUUUGAUUUUAACAAGGCCUUUUUCCAGCAAUUUAUACGAGAAAAAUAUGCAAAAUAUUUGCAAAAUUCAAAGGAAAAAGAAGUGGAAAAAGAUGAAAAGACAAAAAAUAACAAAAGCACAAAAGGCACUACAAAGGGUGGAAAUAAAAAUGGGGACAAACACGAUGAACAAUUAUUUUCAGCUGAAAAUAAUAAUGCCUUUGAUGGGUUAGGAAAUAAUUAUGAUAUGUUUGACAUAAACCCAGAUAAAUCAUUUCCAAAAGGAAAUGGAAAUUCUGGAAUGGCUAAUAUGCCACGAACUGGCAAAGACGCAAAUAAUAAUAAUAGCAAUAAUAACAAUAAUAGCAAUAACAAUAACAAUCGUAAUAAAAAUAAUUUCCCCCAUGGAAAUGUUAGCGACAAAAUGAAUGACCCCAACUUGAAAAAUAUGUAUGCUCUGGAUGAAUAUAAAAAUGGCAAUUUCCAAAUUAUGAGCAACUUAGAUCAUAUAGAAAAGAGAGAUUUUGACAUCAACAAUGUCAUGUUAAAAGGUGAUACACAUGGAGAUGGGAAAGUUGGUAGUAAUAACAAUAGCGACGAAACUGCAAAUAACAUAAAUAAUAAUAGUUUAGAAAAUAGGGAUAAUGCAUCAAAUAUGAAGGGGAAUAAGCUUAGUAUUUAUAAUUUACUGGUAAAUGCUUUUAAUGGGGGUAAAAAAAAUACCAAAAGUUCAGGAAAAGAAAAACGAAAUAAUCCAACAACAGUAUUAGGUGACGAAAGUGGUAUUAACGCAUCCAGUGCGAAUAAUACUUCUUUAAAUUCAAAUAUAGAUCUUAGAGAGAGUAUAAAUAAGGAUAAUAAAUAUAUAGAUCACCAAUCUUCGAUGAACAUGCGAAAUAGCGAAAAUAGCGACACAUUAGAUAUUUCUAACAAUAAUGCAUCUUUACUUUCCCAUUUAAAGAGUGGAAGCGGUAUGGAUAAUUCAUCUAUCUCGACCCACAACAUAAGGGAAGGUAAUAUGAAGGGGGUAAACAGUAAGAGUGGUAAUAAUGUCACAAAUAGUGGAAACAAAAUGAAUAAAAUUGAAAUGAUGAAUUCUGGUAAAUUAGGUAAUGAAAACCAAAGAAAUAAAAGUAAUAGUCCAAGUCAUAGUCAUGAUAGUAGAAACAAUAGUAGUUUAAUUAUGAAUCAUGUAAAUAAUAAAAAAUAUAAUAUACAUAAAAAUGAUAUAGAUGGAAAGUUGAGUAUUGAUAUGUUAAAUAAUAGUGAAAUGGAAUUAAAUAAUUUAUUAGGUACAUUACCUAAAAAUUUAAAUGAUAAUUUGUCUUUAUAUUUGGAAAAUAAAAGAAAUAACAGUAGUGGGAUGUUGCCAAAUGAGAGUGGCAUAUCUCAUUUUAAUCAAAAGUUUGGUAAAUUAGAAGAUGAUGAUAAUAAUAAUAAUAAUAAUAGUAAUGGUGGGCAAGUUGUUAUGAUUAACAAAGAAGAGCAUCAGCGAUUUGUUAGUCUAAAAAGCAUGCUUGAUACUUAUCGAGCUGAUGUAUUAAAUACAUGUUUAUUAUUAGAAGAGUUAAUAUUGAAUCAAGCAAUGUGUAAAUAUAUUCCAACGGAGUUGUAUAAUAAAAUAUUAAAAUGUUAUGAACGACUUGAUAUGAUGUUAACAGAUAUAAAUAAUUCGAAUGGUGAUAUGGGAAUGAAGAGAACAAAAGAUUUAAACAGUUUGAGGAGUAUAGGCAAUUUAGAAACUAUGGAUUAUAUGAAUUUGAAUAACAUGAAUAUAAAUAAUGUAAACUUAAAUGAUAUGGAUAUAAAAAUGGAUGAAAAUAUGUUGUAUGAAGAUUUUAAAAGUUAUUGGGACAUGGCAUUCUCAAAAAAUAAAAUUGCUUCCCAAUUAUCAACCAAAGAUUUAAUAAAUAACAAUCAAAAGAAUGUAUUAAAUCCUUCUCAACAUCAAGAUUUUCAUAUAAAUGAUGUAAAUAAUAGUAAUAACAAUGUUUUGAAUAAAAAUGGGACUAUAAAUAAUAAAAAUAAUAUUCAUAUAAAUCAGUUAUUUUACGAUCAAGGACAUGGAAAUAAAAUUAGUAAUAAUAAUAAUCACCCUAUUGGGAAUGGGGGUUUAAAUAGUUCGAUCAAAUCAAGUAUCGGGAUAAUGAAUACCAGCAGAGGAAGUACCAACAUGAUUGGUAAUAAUAACAUAAGCUUAAGUGAAAUGAGUAAUAAUAAUAAUUUGGGAAAUUCACAAAUGAAAUCUCAAAAAAAAAAAGAUUCAUCAAAUAUUAUGGAUACAAUUAUUAGUGAUAAUAUGAAUAACAGUAUUGGGGGUUGUAUUGGAAAUUCAAAAUCUAAAAAAAAUUCGAAUGAUAACAUGAAUGAUGAAAAUAAUAAUCACUUAAAUGAGAACAUGGUUCUGAAUUAUAAUAAUUUGAAAAAUAGUAGUAUCAUGAAUAAGAAGAAAUUUAUAUCAAAUAUGAAUAAUAAUGGAGGUAAUAAUAUAGAUUUGGUAAAUUUUAUUAAUAGUGCAAAUAAUACUAUUAUGAAAGGAAAUGGUAUGAUAGGCAAUAAUGCUGCGAUUAAUUCCUCAAUACUAAAUGGUAAUAACAAUGUAAAUAUGAUGAAUGCAAAAAAUAGUAAUACUAAUUAUCCAGCUGAUAUAAAUAGCAAAUUAGCAAAAGAAUUAAACAAUUACAAUUCUAUGAAUAAAGAAAGAAAUAUGAAUCACAUUGAAGAAUCUGAUAUAAAAGCUGUUAAUAAAUUAUUAAUGCUUAAUAAUAAUAAUUUUCCUAAUUUAAAAGUUAACAAUAAUAAUAAUGAUAAUAUUUUGUCGGAUUAUAGCACCAAUAAUGCUACUAAUAAUAUAAUGCUAAAUGCAGAAACUUUUUUCAAAAAACUGAAUUUGUAUAAUGAUGACCAUAAUAACAAUGUGAAUAAUAAAAAUGAAGGAAUUGGAUGUGACUCUAAUUUAUUGUCAUUAAUUAACAUAAACCGAAAUAGCAAAAGCUCAUAUAAUGUAAACCAAAAAGGAGACAAUACUAAUUUACAAGCAUGUAAUUCACAUAGCGAAUAUGAUAAUGAACCAAGAGAUAAUAACAAUUUUAAAAAACAGUUAAACAAUGAAAAUCACUUAUAUAAUAUGCAGAACAAAAAUAUGAGAAAUGAUAUAAACUUAAAAUAUUUGGAAGAAAUUAAUAGCCAAUUUAAUUUUUUGCCUCGAAAUAUUCGAAAGGAAAAUACAGAACACAAUCUUAUGAAUAUAUUAAAUUUUCAAAAUAACUUAGAAAAUAAAAUGCAAAAACAAAUCGAUUAA